GUCAGGGGUGUGGUCAGGGGCGGGGCGGAGGCGCCGAUGGCGGCGCCGCGCUCGGUGCUGCUGCUGAGCGGGAAGAGGAAAUCGGGGAAGGAUUUCGUGGCCGAGGAGCUGCGGAACCGGCUGGGCCCUGAUGUCUGCACCAUUCUGCGCCUCUCCGGGCCCCUCAAGGAGCAGUACGCCAAGGAGCACGGGCUGGACUUUGAGCGCCUCCUGGAUGCCAGCGCCUACAAGGAGAAGUUCCGUCAGGACAUGAUCCGCUGGGGCGAGGAGAAGCGCCGCGCCGACCCCGGCUUCUUCUGCCGGGCCGCGGUGCAGGGGGCGCUGCAGCCGGUGUGGGUGGUGAGCGACACACGGCGCCUCUCAGACGUGGAGUGGUUCCGGGCCGCCUACGGGGAUGUGGUGCAGACCGUGAGGGUGGUGGCUACUGAGGAGACGAGGAAGAGGAGGAACUGGGUGUUUGUCACUGGAGUGGACGACGCCGAAUCUGAGUGCGGCCUGGACCAGGGAGUGGCCUUUGACUGGGUGAUCACCAAUGACGGGGAUGAGGUGGCCCUGGGCGAGCAGCUGGAGGAGCUGGUGCAGUCUGUCCACAGGAGCCUAUAGCUCCAUGUCUCUCCACUGGGGCUUGGGGGCUGCAUCAGCCCCCCAGCCCCUCAUCUCCACCUCCCGCUGUUUCCUGUUCUGGAAUAAAGCUCUGACACUGAGAACCACUGCCA